UGAGACUUCCAGAGAAAACAAGGUAAGGUAGAGAAAAGGAAGAAGAAUAAGCAAUAGCUUUUGCAGUAUUUGCUCUGGAGGUGUGGUCAAGAUGAAUAAUUGGAGCUACAUUCUUAUGGUUUCCAUUUUAACUACUUGGUGUUGCACAGAUGCUCAAACUACUGUCUGCAGAGAAGCUUCUGUCGCUGAUAUUGUGUUCAUGGUGGAUGGAUCAUGGAGUAUAGGACCAAAAAACUUCAGAAUCAUACAAGACUUUCUCUACACAUUGGUUAACAGUUUUGACAUUGGAAAAGACAAAAUUCAAGUUGGGAUGAUUCAGUAUAGUGAUAAUCCUCGCAAUGAGUUCUUGUUGAAUUUUUUCCAUCAGAAAAAGGACAUUUUAAAGAAAAUACAAAAUCUAAACUACAAAGGUGGGGGCACCAAAACUGGAAAAAGUUUGAAGUUUAUGCUAGAUGAGCAGUUCAGUGAAAUGGCUGGAAGUCGACACAGUGAAGGCAUUCCCCAAAUUGCAGUAGUGAUAACAGAUGGACAAAGUCAAGACAACUUUUCUGGGCCAGCAGAAGAAGUUAAGAAUGCAGGCAUCAUACUUUAUGCCAUAGGCAUCAAAGAUGCUAUUCUGUCUGAGCUUCAGGAAAUUGCUAGUGAUCCAGAUGAAAUGCAUGUUUAUGAUGUGGAGGAUUUUGCUGGCUUGCAAGGUAUCUCUCAGAACAUACUCCAAGUGUUAUGUACUACUGUUGAGGAAGCCUCUCAAGACUUUAUACAUAUUUCUCCAGUAUGCCGAAAAGUCACUGUUGCCGACGUUGUGUUUAUGGUAGACAGUUCGUCAAGCAUUGGUCUGGAGAAUUUUCAGAAGGUGAAAAGUUUCCUCUACACCCUGAUUUCCAGUCUUUUUGUUGGUCAUGACCGGGUCAGAAUUGGACUGAUCCAGUAUAGUGAUGAGAUUUUUCCCGAAUUUCAUCUAAAGCAAUAUUCUUUGAAAAAUGAUAUUCUAGAACAUAUAAAAAAAUUGACCUUACAGAAAGGAAGCACUUACACAGGUGCUGCUUUGGAUUUUAUCAAGGAUGAAUACUUCACUGAUUCUGCUGGGAGCAGAAUGCAAGAAAAUAUCCCCCAAGUACUGAUCCUACUCACAGAUGGGGAAUCACAUGAUGAAGUUAAAGUUCCAGCCCACAAAUUAAAAAAUGAAGGAAUUUUAAUUUAUGUAGUGGGGAUUGGCAUCCAUAACACCUCUGAGCUUAUGAAUAUUGCAAACCAACCUUUUAAUAAGUUUCUGUUUAAUAUUGAUAAUUUUGAUAUUCUUCAAGAUCUUACCAACAGCCUUCUUGAAACAAUGUGUUUGGCUUUGGAGAGCCAGAUUAAAGCAUUCACAAAGCGCUAUGCUGAUAUUGUUUUCCUUUUGGAUUCCUCUAAAAGCAUGGGAUCUGCCAAUUUUGAAAAAGUAAAAAGAAUUAUUUCCCAGAUUGUAGAACAAUUAGACAUUGGCCCUAAAAAAUACCAGAUUGGACUUGCACAGUACAGCGAAGGAGGGAAAGUGGAAUUUUUGCUGAAUAGAUAUAAAAUGAAGAAAGAUAUUCUUAACCACAUUCAGCAGAGCACUAUUUUCAUGGGAGGCCCUCUGAGGACUGGUAGUGCUCUCCAAUUUUUGCGAGAAGUCUAUUUUGUUGACAAAGCCGGAAGCCGUCUUCGUCAAGGAACACCACAGUUUACAGUGAUUUUUUCCUCUGCUAAAUCUGAAGAUGAUGUCAAGAAACCUGCAAAAGAUCUGAAAGAAAUGGGAGUGAACAUUGCAACAAUUGGCAUCUUACAUUCUGAUAAGAAAGAAAUGAAAGUGAUUGCUACCUCCCCUUUAGUUUACCAGGUUGAUGACAUAGAGGAUCUUGAUCAGGUUCAGACAACCAUCAUAGAUAUUGUGGAAGCAUCAGUCCAGCAAGAGUAUGAGUCUGCAUUAAAUGCAAAUGUGCCAGCAGUUUGCUCCACUGCCUCAUGGGCAGACAUUGUGUUUCUUGUGGAUGAAUCAACUCGCAUUGGUCAAAAGAAUUUUCAACUGAUCAGGACUUUCCUACUCAAAAUAAUCAAUGCUCUGGAAAUUGCCUCAGAUAAUGUACGAGUUGCCUUGGUACUUUACAGUGAUAAACCAAGAUUAGAGUUUAGCUUGAAUACAUUUGAAGACAAAUCAGAGGUUAUGAAUUAUCUAAAAAGAUUGCCUUAUCGUGGGGGGGAAACAUAUAUGGGUGCUGCUAUAGACUUCCUAAAGAAAAAAGUUUUCACCAAGAGAGCAGGAAGCAGGAAAAAUCAUGGAGUGCAGCAGUUGGCUGUAGUGAUCACAGAUGGUCAGUCUCUAGAUGAUUUCACUGUUCCUGCAUCUAAGCUUCGCCGGGCAGGUGUUACACUUUAUGUCGUGGGUAUCCAAAACAUUUCUGCGAGCAGCCAACUGUACAAAAUUGCUUCUCAUCCCCCAAGGAAACAUGUUACAACCAUGGAAUAUUUCUUGCAACUAUCAAACAUGGAAUAUGUUAUAAAAAAACAACUUUGUAGUGAAAUAGUUUCACAAAUGUUUGCAAUUCCAGUGCGGUCUCGUGCCCUGAAGGAAGGCUGUAAAGAGACAGAGGAAGCAGAUAUUUAUUUCUUGAUUGAUGGUUCUGGCAGUAUCCAGACAGAAGAGUUCCUUGACAUGAAAAACUUUAUGAAAGAAGUGAUUAGCAUGUUCCAGAUUGGUCCCAAUCAAAUUCGUUUUGGGGUGGUUCAGUAUGCAAGUGAUCCCCAAAAAGAGUUUCUGAUUAAUGAGUACAAUACAUUGGCCCAAUUAAAAGAUGCAAUAAAAGUGAUCUGGCAGAUUGGUGGUGGCACUAAAACUGGAGAUGCUUUACGUUAUAUGAAGAAUUUGUUUAAAACUUCAGCGAGGGACAAUGUCCCCCAGUUUCUCAUUGUUAUUACAGAUGGUAAAUCCCAGGAUCAAGUAACCAUACCUGCAGAAGAGCUGCGGAGUGCAGGGAUUAUUAUAUAUUCCAUAGGUGUCAAAGAUGCGGUAAAAAAAGAACUAAAAGAUAUAGCAGGGACCAAGGACAGGAUGUUUUUUGUGAAUGAUUUUGAUUCCCUGAAGCUUAUCAAACAUGAUAUUGCACGGGAUAUUUGUUCUCUUGAAGCCUGUAAAAAUUUGAAAGUGGACAUAAUUUUACUAAUUGAUACAUCAGAAAGUAUGGAUCAAUUUGAAUUUGAACAGAUUAAGGAUUUUGCUGAUUUAAUUGUAAACAAGUCAGAUAUUGGGGCUGAUAAGGUUCAGAUUGGCCUGCUCCAAUUUGGCUUCAAUCCAGAAGAGGUUUUCCCACUGAACAAGUACAACAACAAGGCUGACAUGAGGAAAGCAAUAACUACAAUGAGGCAGGUUCAAGAAGGAGCCAGAAUUGGAAGAGCUCUAGAUUUUGCAUCCUCUUACUUUGACACAUCUGAGGGAGGGCGUUUGAAUGUAAAACAAUAUUUGAUAGUGGUGACAGAUGAGAAAUCUAGUGAUGAUGUGAGAAGAGCAGCCAGAGCACUCAGGAAGAAAGGUGUUGUCAUCUAUGCCAUUGGAAUACUGAAAGCAAACAACUCUGAGCUUUUAGACAUUGCUGGCACUCAGGAUAAAGUAUUUUCAGAGGAUUAUUUUGAAUCCCUCAUGUUCCUGGUGAAGCCAAUUCUAUUUCAGAUUUGCAACCCUGAGAAGAUAUGCAAGCAAAUUGAAGUUGCUGACAUAAUCUUCGUAGUUCAUGGAUCUAGAGAUGUUACAGAUCUGCAAUUCAAGGGGAUUCAACGGCUUAUGGAAGCAAUUGUGAAUAACUCAGUUGUGGGCAAAGACAAUGCUCAGUUUGGAGCUGUUAUCUUUGGUACUCUACCGGAACAAAAAUUUCAACUAAAUACCUAUUCCACAAAAUCUCAACUCAGGGAAGCCAUUAAAAAACUAGUUCCUUUAAGAGGAUUAACCUAUACGACAAGAGCUUUGAAUUUUGCAAGGGAACUCUUUGGAAUUGCUUAUGGUGGACGGAUAUCACACUUAGGUAUCACAAAGAUCAUCGUUUUGAUCACAGAUGAACCAACAGCAUCCACAGAUAGACCUAAUCUCUCAGCAGCAGUUCAGGCUUUGAAGCAAGAAGGCAUUCAGGUCAUUGCUGUUGGGAUAGAGGAUGCUAGUAGAACAGAACUAGCAGAAAUAGUUGGUGAGAAGGGAAGAUGGUUUUUUACUUCCAGUUACAAUGCAUUGGACAGUUUAUAUGAAAACAUAACUUAUCUUAUAUGUGAUGAAUCAAAAACAGGUAACUAGAAC